AUGCUUAUCCUCAUCGCUGGUAUAACCGGAAUGGUCGGGCAGCCGUUGGCCCGGGAAGCCAUCGCCCAAGGCCAUUCAGUCCGUGGUCUAAGCAGAAAUGCUGACAAACUCGACAAAGAUAUCUCCUCCAAGCUCGAGUCUUUCGUCACUUGUCGAGAUUAUUUCGACACAAAUGCUUACAGUAAAGCUGUCCAAGGAGUUGAUGCCGUCAUUGCUGCUUUGCCCAUUUUGCCAAGCAUUGUUGGAGCAGGUCAGCUUUCUCUUCUGUUGGAGGCAGAGAAAGCAGGUGUCAAGGUUUUCCACGCUGCGUCGUGGAACUUUGAUUGGACGAAACUGAACAUGGGUGACCAUGAAACUUACGACGCCUACAUAUCUUUCAAGCGUCUCGCUGAAAUCUCGAGUGGUCUGAAACCCAUUUACGGAUUCUGCGGAUCGAUUCUAGAAUACAUGUUUAUCAACUGUAAAAAGGAUGGCCGUCGCCCUGCCAUCGACCCUGAGACGAAGACUGUUUCUUACUGUGGUACCGGCGAGGACAAGAUGUCUUUGAUCAGUGCCGACGAUUUGGCAAAGUAUACACUUGCAGCGAUAGCCGACCCUGAGAUCAUACAGCGCGGUGUUUAUUACGUCGAGUCUUUCCGAUGCACGAUCCCAGAGCUUGGUGACCUAUAUGGAAAAGUGCGAAAUAUCGAAGUCAAGAAACAACCCGUCGGUGGCCAACCUGAGCUUGAAGGAAUGCUCGCCCAGGCAAGGCAGUUUAUCAGCCCUUUGGAAGCAAACAAGUAUAUCGACUUGGCAUACGCACUUGCAAUUUUGAAGGGUUUGGCAGUUGCUGAUCCAAGUGAUUGCAAGAGAUGGGAUAUUACUCCCAUUGGAUUUGAGCAAUGGCUGAAGGAGCACCCUGAAGUCUGA